AUGCGCCACGUAUUAGGAAUUCGGCUUAAGGACUUUCAAGAACGAUUUAUGGAAAGACGAAAAGAAAGACAAAUGAAGGACCAAGCGCUACUGACAUUGGAAAAUGCAGUUUUAAACAAUAUUGAAGUAGUCAACGAUGUCACUCAUGACUUGAAAAAGGGAAACAAGUUUUCCAAAAAAUGGAAGAAAAUGGAGACUUUUGAGAGAGAUUUUAGGCGCUUACUAGCGAUGGAUGGCAUGAAGUAUAAUUACAAACGGGAUUUCUAUUGGAGGACUUGGCGUAGUGUCGCAUCUUUCGGUGGUAGAGACAAAACUGUGUGUUACAAGUGUAAUAAUAUCGUUCAAGCUCCAGGAUACCAAAAUUGUGGGAUGUGGACAAUCGAAGAAAGACCUCCACCAUGUCCCUAUGAAAUAUUCUCAGUGAUCACUGAUAAGCAACUGUGUGGAGCCUACUAUAAUCAAUACACAGAUAUGAACACUACUUGCCCAAGUAUCAUCAACUUUUCAGACUUAACAGCUUCAUGUGAGAACCCCAUUGAGACCAAAUGGCGUUUCACCAAAAUGUACAGUGUUCCAGAAAAACGAAAACAAAGGAACAUAAUUUGUGGAAACCAAGAUUCUUGCGAGAUUAUUACUCAUUAUGAGAUAAAACCAGAUUGUGUUAUAUUCAGGAUAAUAAACUCAACAAAUGAUGUUAUUUAUUCACGAAUUAUGAGACCAAACUACGCGAAUUACGUUUGUAUCGACGCCUGUGGCCGUUUCAAUCCAAACACGAGAAAAAUCGUUAAAACCGACAUACCUUUGAAACUAAACCUCCUCACUACGAGACCGAAUGAUAACAUUGAAGAAAAAAUACCGUUACAGAGUAAAAAUAAUGUUCUGAAUGAAUUGAAUCAUACAAUGACGUUACCAAUGGAAGCUGCUUUUAGCGUUUUCCCGCCAUUAGAAAUAAAUAAAGUGUCAAAGUCAGUCACACCGAUUUCAAUCAAGACAAAUGUUAUGGUUAAAAAGCCCUUAUUACUUGAAAAGAAAAUGAAAUGGAAAGUAAUGAAAAGACAAGAAACUGAUUUAGAUUUGCAAGAAUAUUUGAAAAAACGUUAUGUUUCGAAGUUUAAACUGUUUACACGGGAAGAAUUUAAUGAUACAUCGUCAGUAUCGGAUUCUUUUGAAGACGAAGCGUUGAAUUCAAUUGAACGUAAUAUUAAAAUAUCUCGAUGGCGGGAAGCGACAACAAGAAGAAGGUAA